GGGCUGGCCACGCGGGAUAUAUUACAGAAAGAUUCAGUGGUCUUUUGGCACGUCAGGCUCUAGUCGAUGUCACACUGAUCUGCGAUGAGCAAAAGCUACGUGUUCACAAGCUGGUUUUAGCUUCAAAUAGUAUAUACUUUGAGGUACAUAUACACACAUUUGAAUAUAUAUGUCCUUUUAUGACGUGUUAAUCACAUCAUGUAUAUAUGUUCUGAAAAUUGUGUUUGUGUGUUUUACAUACUGUUUUAAUUUAAAUUUAUUUGUUCAUUUAGAACUUAGUGCCUGUUUCUAAUAAUAUUAAUGUAUACAUCUUGCACUUCAAAGUGAUAGACAUUUUUUUCUUACGUAUAACAAGUAUGUGUGUUCGUGAAUACUCUAAAUAUUCUGCAUCUAUUAUAUUAAUAAUUUAUUUACAGAGACAAAUUAUUCCAUUGCUUAAAUUUAAAUCUUAAAUUAGUCAACAGAUUUUUAAUAAUUACAAAAAUGUUUACAAAACACUAACAUGCUCUGAUCAAAGGUCAUGUAUUAUUAUUUUCUAAACAUAUCAAACAUUAUUAUCAAUUAUAUUAUAUUUAUGUAAAAAAGAAAAUUCUUUUCUUUAAUUCCAAAUGUAAUCUUUCUUUUUUUGCAAAAUAGUAUAACAAUGGAAGAUUAUAAAAAGAAAAAUAAUUUUAAAAAUACAUAUAAAUUAUCUAUCCAAGAACAUAGACAUAUACAUACACGUAUAUACUUUUUUAUAGAAGUAGUUAGAAAAUAUAGAUAUUUUUAUAAUAUUUCAAGACAGUAACAUUAAUUGAUUUGUUUAUACUUAUUGCAGAAACUUACUUUAAAUUUAUUAAGAUAUUGAUGUUAAUUAAUGUUUGGAUGUGCAUCUCUUUUCCUUCCAGAUCUACUGAUGACUGAGCAGUGUUAUUAAAAUCUUAUUGAAUGACCUUGUUAAAGAUGUCUUAUUGUUUUCAAAUUAUUUUAUAUUACUUAUCCAUAGAAUUAUUUAUUGAUUAAAAGGUCACUUAAUUGUUUGUACAUGAAGUAAGGUAAUAGUAAUUUGAAAUUAUAUCUUCAUGAAUGCAUAUUCUUCUAUUUUUUAAUAUAGUGAAAGAAAUUUCUUGUUCAUUAUUAAACAAAUGCAAAGGAAGUUUCCAAAGAAUACAUGUAGCUAUCAUAUAUCAAAGGGACAAUUUUUUGUCGUAAUAUUUAUAUAUGUACAGUUAAUUUUUAAGUAUAUAAUUACAAAUAUACUAUCCAUUAUUUUGGGAUUUCUCAAUACUGUACUGUCAAUGCUAGUUCAAAGCCAAACAGAUUUUUUAUUAACCCAUUUUUCACUAGAAUGUCUACAAAACAUUAUUUUAUAUUUAUAGAAAAAGACUUUGGACUUUUUUAUUUGAUAUCAUAUAAACAGUGAGAUAGAGAGAAGAAAGGGAUAAUAUAAAAUUCAUAUAAACUAAAGAAAGCCUUGUAUAUCGGAAUUUCAGUAGUUCUUAACAAACAUUUGAAGAAACCAAGUUUGCGGGGCAUACUUUUCACAACUUUUGAAGAACUUAGAAAGGUAUUAAAUAACUAAAUUAUAUGAUCUAAGGAUAGUAAAGUAUGUACACUCAGCUCUGUUUCCGUUUCCUUUGUAAAGAUAUAUUCUUUACAAAGUACUUUACAAAGUAUAUACAAAUAUCUUAUCUGCAUGAUUUUUUCACUAUCUUUCUACGCAAUUAAUAAAUUAUUAUUGCACAAAAGGAUUUCCGACAGUUUGAAAAACAAAUUUUCAACAUAUUAAGCAACUAUUAAAAUGAAUAUCCAAACAUAUCAGACAUUCUGUAUGGGCAUUCUACAUAGGCAUUCUACUUCUCUCUCUUUAUUCUUUAACUUUUAAUUAUUUUAUCUCUUCAAUAUUUUUCAUCACAUUUUAUUUUGUUUUGUACUAUAGGAAAUACUACAACAAGAUUUGGGACAAGAGCCAAUUAUACUUUUAAAAGACUUGGACUUUGAAAUUUUGAAGGCCAUGGUCGAAUUCAUGUAUUGCGGCGAAACUACAAUAUCUCAUCAGCAUUUAUCAUCUUUGCAUGCUGCGGCACAAAUUUUUAAGGUUAAAGAAUUGGUAUCUGUAAUUGAUACUAUUGUCGAUUCCAAAAAAGUUUUGGACGAUUUCGAAAGUUGCCUAAAACAACAAAGAGGAGAUUGUAGUUUAAAAGUUGCAAACAAUUCUCUUACAGAGGAUGAUUACGUCUGCGUUAGAUGUGAUAAACUAAGUAUGGACGAGAGUACAGUAAUCUGUGCAAAUAGCAAUAAUAACGAUAUAAGCUCAAAUAAAAAUCAAUCUUUAGAGAACGAUAUGAUUGAAGGCACCGAGCACGAUUUCGAGCACACUUUGUACGAAGAAGCGGAUGCUAUCGAUGCCAAGAAAGAUGCAGUAGAUACAUUGUUCUCAACAUCUGAUGUAAAUAUUAGUAUACAAAAUGAUAAUACUACCGAUACCGUAUCUACACAUGUAGGUAUGAUAAACGAAGUACAAACCGGGUGCACAAGCAGCAAUAGAGACGAAGUGUACGGUUAUAGUCUCGAUUUAAAACCUAUCUUGUACGAGCAAUGCUGUGAUUUUUCCUGCGACAUAAACGAAAGCGAUCAAACCACAUCGAUAUUGUCGCAAUCUUGCCUUCCACAAGUCGAAAAUGACUUUGAGCACUGUUCCGGGAGUAGCACAGAUGUUCCUAGCACGGUAGGGAAAUACGUCAAGGUUUACACGCCGAAACGACGUAGAUCCAUGGAUGAUGUUCGCAAUAAGCUUGUACAUACGCAAUGCAAUUUAGUGCCAACUCCGCCGCACUCUACGGAUUCCAUAGAUUUAUUAGAUGAGCCGUCCGCUAAUGAUUUACCAGUUACUCUGUUAACCUCCUUAGAUAUGGAAAGUGCUGAGUAUAUCUUGAGCUUGAGUACAGAAAGCAUACAAUCGAUAGUAGGUGGUACUAUAAGCGAUCAGCAUACGGUGAUUGGAUGUAGAGAAACAAGUGUAGAACGAGACGCCGCUAAGGAGCGAUUGAAUUCCCCAACAAAUGACACUGAUUGCGCGAAACCGGUUCUCAGACGUAGCACGCGACUAAGUCAACAGGAGAAUGACGAAGCUGCAAACAAUAGCCUUUUUUCGGGAAGCUCUCCGGGAACCGAGAAACUGUUCAAAAAGGGUAAUUCCCCCAACAGAACGGAAUUGAAAGCGAAACGCAAAGGAAAGGAGGAUCGUAAGGUACCGGACCACAGUGCGCUCGCGAGCGCAGUACAAUCCAGCAAAAAGAGCUCCAACAGCAAGAAAACUAAUUCGAAAUUGAUAGUAAGAAAGAGUAACAAAUCUGCGUGUACAGUUGCCGGUAAUAAGGAAAGGGAAGAAUCAAAACCGAAAACAAGCAGUAGAUUUAAGACCGAAAAUACGGACAGAUCACCGACAGCGGAUCAACCUGCCGCUUACCACUCUUCAAAAUCCAACGUAUGCAAGUGCAUAAGUCGCGCUUUGUGGGGCGAUAUGUCUGAUGCAUUGGACUAUUGGGAGAACGACAUAGAUCUGCUCGCAUAUCCAUCUAACACCGAGAUUCCCUUCGCCGUCGGCCUGUUACCCCUACGGACCGCUCUAGAGAAGAUGCAGGCAACCCCGGAUUAUCAACCGCGUAAAACGCGUUCGUCGGUCGCGCCAAUGAAACAAGAUUCAAGUAACAGUCUGAAACGAAAAUACUGCACGCCGUCCGAUGCUGUGGUACUCUCGAAAAAACAAAACGGCAGUAACGCUAUCGAGAGCUCGAACAGCAUGUCUGUAUGUCACAUAGAGAUACGAACAGCACCAUCACAGUGUGUAAAAAAUCGUAAACGAUUUCUUUCGGAUUCAAUUACGAGUUUGCCAGCGGACGGACCGACAACGCAAGCAAUGACGAGCAAUAACGUGGGUUAAAAUUUCUUUGCCAUAAGACUGUCUGCACAAAAUAUUGAAAGGCAGCAAGCAAAAUGCUAGCAUCUAAUUCUCCUGUUUUUAAGCUUAAUCGGUACAAGAAUAAUUAAGAUUAAUAAUUUAUUUCCUUCGCCAUAUUUAGAGUAUACUCGUAAUAUUCGAAUAUCUCGCAAUUUGUACACAGAUAAUAUAAUCUUAAUUUAAAUGUAAUUAUAAAAAUAUUUUUACGUACGAAUUUGCACAUACUCUUGCAAUCACAUAGUUGCAUACAUUAUACUUUGCAAAUAAUUGUACUUCUCUUAAGCCCUUCAUAUAUCAUAGGUAAUUUCAUAUUUUUGAUAAUGUUAAUUGUAAUUUAAAUAUUAAAUUUGCAAUUAUGUAGGUGGAUAGAAGAAUAUAGAUAAUAUUCCUGUUAUAUCUUCAACAAUGUUUAAAAUAAGUAUUAUCUAUUUUCGUUUUAUACAUUCGUAGCAGUUGCUAGAACAAAUUGUACACAAUAAUUAAAUUUUAUCAAUUUAGCACAAUUAUUUUAAAUCGGAGUCAAUGUAAUAUAUUUCUUAUCACGCACAUAUAGUUUGAAAGAUCAUACUUUAUUACAUAAAAGUGGAUAUUAUAUGAUUAUUUAUACUCGAGAUAGGAAAAUGUCUAGAAUUUAUUUUAAACAAUGCGAAAUAAUUGUGAGAAAGUAAAGAUCUAUUUUUAUAAAUUUUUGUUUUUUUUUAUACAUUUGUGGAAAUAGCUCUAUAGAAUAAUUCGUAAGACUUUGUACCUUAAAAAGUAUAUAGCAGCAAUAAUAAAAUUUUACAACUGUUAGUGUAUAACAAAUAUACAAAUAUAAAAAAUAAAUAGAAAACAAUUUGUACGGACCGAUAGCGAAUUGUGAUGAUAAUAAUAAUUCGUCAUUUCAUAAUGUUAGCAAACUUUCCUUUUUUACUUAAAAAGCAACUUCGAGAUAAUGUAUGGUGCGAUUAACAUGCGAUAAACGGAGAGGAAGUUGUACACGUUUCAAGAAUUGCAUUAUAAAAUUGUUUAUUUUUAACAUACCUACAUGUACUCUUAAUGCAGUUUAUUAUGUGUCGUAACUUAGAGUCGUGCAUGUACUUUGAUUUUUUUGUACAUUUAGCUACAGUAUUCUUAGGAUUAAACAGUUGCUGCUCAAUAUAAAAAAAGGAUUGUUCGUCGUAAUAACAAUCAGUAGUUUUUAAAAUAUAACUAUUUAAAUAUAGAUAUGGUUGUAUAUACAUAACAUAUAUUAAUAUUACAUAUAUAUAUAUACAUACACACACACAUAUAUAUUAUAUAUUUUUCCACAAUAAAUGUUUUCGACAGAAUCUGUAAUUUUCAGAGUUGUUAGUGUUUUAUAUCGUAAAACUAAAUCAUUUACUUAAAAAAAAUUUUAAUUCUAAUAUAUUUCUGAUUACUCUCUUCAAAAAUAUUAUGUAAUUUUUUUUCAAAAUAUAAAUACGUUAAGUGUCUUCUAUUAAUUUCUGAGAUCUAACAGAAUAAAUGCUCACUAUAAGAUAAAUAAUUCGUCAUAAUCACUUGACACAUUUAUUAAAAUAUAUGUCGAUUCAUUCCUGUGUGACGAUAGCUCAAAAAAAGUAUUAGGGCUAAAGGAGAUUAAACGUGAAUAGCAAGGUAAAAUCGCGCGCAGGAGGAAAGACAGAGAUUGAAGAAAGUAACACGGCAGCUUCUAUUUAUAGCUGCGUAAUUUGAUUGGCCGCACAAAUACGACGACACGGCGUGUAAUCCGUGCGCGACUAGGCAACGAUCUCCAUUAGCGCGCACAUAUUUGCUUAUUUCUCAGGUCAAUCGUCGUGCGAUGGGAUUCUGAUACUUGCAAGCGAGGGAAAAUUGAUUCUUCAUGAAUGAACGCGCAGACAAGGAAACUCCACAACCUGUGCGCCUAACCUCGAAACGCGAUAUGAUACGUUUCAUGCAAUAUUAGAAGAAAAGAAAAAAGUAUAUAUAAUAAAGACAAAAUAUGAAAAUAUACUUGAGCUAUUAAUAUUAGAUUUGUUCUUUGGAUAGAUAGAUUAAUAGAAAUUGAGUGAAAAGAAAAAGGAGAUAUUUUUAGGGCUGGUCUCGCCAAUUAUGAUUAACUUAAAAAAAUACCGAUCGAUUAAAUAUAAUAAAUUGCAAAAUUUAAAACUAA